AUGAAACAGAGGCACGAUGGGCCGGAUUUUCAAAGAAACUGCUCCACACCAGAUGGAGAGCACCACUGGUCCAAGCACUACCCGUUCUGUGGAGGAACAUUCCAGUCACCCAUAGACAUCCAGACCCAGCUGCUGAGGUUUGACCCCACACUGCGGCCAAUCGAGCUCCAGAACUACAACCUCUCAGCCAAUGAGCAGCUGACGCUCGGGAACAAUGGACACUCUGUUCAGCUGUCCCUACCCAGGAGGAUGUACAUCUCCAGUCUGCCUCAUCGUUACACUGCUGCCCAGAUCCACUUCCACUGGGGUUCAGAACAGAUGCCGGUCGGAUCAGAACACACCAUCAACGGCAGGCAGUUUGCUGCCGAGAUGCAUAUGGUGCUCUUCAACUCAGACAAGUACCCCAACAUCUCUGUGGCAGCAGACAAGUCAGACGGCCUGGCUGUACUGGGAGUUCUGAUAGAGGUCGGGGAAUUCAAUCCAGCGUUCGAUCAGUUCCUCAAGUACAUCAAUGGUAUUAAAUACAGAGAUCAGAGGGUGCAGGUCCCAGCAUUCAAUAUCCGCGGUCUGCUGCCUGCACUUCUGGAUGAAUACUACCGCUAUGAUGGCUCGUUGACCACUCCCCCCUGCUACCCCAGCGUCCUUUGGACUGUGUUCAAAAACCCUGUCACCAUCUCACUCAAACAGUUUCUGGCCCUAGCAACGACCAUCUACUCCUCCCACCAACAGGAGUCGGCCCCGGUGCCCAUGAACAGCAACUUCAGGAAACCACAGUACACAGACAACAGAGUUGUCCUCUGCUCUUUCCAGGGGGGCAGAGGACUGCAGGGUGGUGUUCAGACAGUCACCUCUCCGUUCCUGAGGAGGCAGAUCAUCAACCAGCUGUUAGUUGGAGACCUGGCAGACCUGGCUGAUCAGGACGGCCUCAACCAGCUGUUAGUUGGAGACCGGGCAGACCUGGCUGAUCAGGACGGCCUCAACCAGCUGUUAGUUGGAGACCUGGCAGACCUGGCUGAUCAGGACGGGCUCAACCAGCUGCUGCCCAAGAAGCCCAGAGCACCAGGCAAGAAGUGGAAUGACCUCGAAAACCACCAGAAAGGCUGGACCCAGACCCAGCGCCAUACUGGGUCCAAGCACCACCAGAACACCUGGUCUCAGACCCAGAACAGCCUCAAGCAGCAGUGGCUGAAGCCCAAUAAGGUGCCAUCCGGAGGUGCAGGAGCUGCCAGACUAGUCCCCUCUCCCAGGAAGAACCACCAGAACAGGCAACCUGUGUGGAAGUCAGGUCUGAGCGAGGACAUUCUGUGUUACGUCUCUUUCGAGCAGAAUGUGUCUCGCCAGCUGAACAGAGGGAGAUCCCCUCCUCACACAGACACCCAGCUGGUCCAGGCUCUCAGAGAAACUCUGUUCCCAGAGCUCAACCUGCGCAGCUACCUGGGCUGUAAGUCUGACCUGGGUCUGCCCACCAUCAGGCAGCUCCUCCGGGGGAGAUCGGCCACAGAUGAGGCCCUGGAGCUGGACCAGGCCAUUGUCAAGGCCUUGGGGGGGACAGGGCAGAGGGGCUCCACAGCUCAGCAACAGCAGACCGUGGUGGGACAGAGAGGGUCAACAGAGAAGCAGCAGACCAACACCCUCUCCAAGCACCAUACAGGCUUCGCUCCAGCCCCUGCUGCCGUGCCUAGGAAACCCGAUCAGCCAAUCCCAUGGCUCCAGCCUAUGGAGUGGGAGGACUAG